AUGAUGGAAACCCUUGUGCUAAUGUUCCAAAUGUUUGAAUGGAAUCGUGUAGCGAUCUUCUAUAAUUCGAAUGAAGUGAAUUACUGCGAUAUCAUUAUUGACGAUGCAAACGCGGCAUUUAGUGACGAUUCGACUUAUGUGAUUGACAUAGUGCAGCAGGUUGUAUGGGAUGGUAAGGAGAGCGAUUUCAUCAGGGAUCAAUUGCUCCGAACGAAAAACAUUGCAAGAAUAAUUGUGAUAUGCCUCGAUACACCAAAAUCUCGCCGCAACUUCAUGAAAAUUGUUUCUCAGUUGGAUAUGGUUUCGGAGGAAUAUGUGUAUGUAAUGCUCGGCAUGCGAGGAUUCGCAUUCGGUCAAGUACCAAUAGGAGUUGAUGAACGUAACAAAGCGGCUCCAAUCAGCACACUGUCCAAUGGGUUGACGCCAUUUUGGGAAGAUCUGGACAACAAUCACGCCGACGAUGCUAUUGUGAAGGAUGCAGCCAGAAGGAUGCUGACGGCAAAUUUUAUUCAAACAAUUACUUUUGCCAAACGUGGAAUUGAAGAUCGGCCGUGA